AGAGUGCGAGAAAGAGAGAAAAAGAGAGAGAAAGAAAAAGAGAUAGAGAGAGAGUGAGAGGGGGAGAGAGAGAGAGAGAGAGAGAGAGAGAAAGAGAGAGAAAGAAAGAAAGAGAGAAGAAACAAAAGUUUAGUAAUAAUCAAAGAAGUUAGAGGAAGAAGCUCCGUCAAAGUUCGAGAAUCAAGAGAACACGGUCGCGUCGUGCACGCUCGGCUGCCGCUUACGUAGAGCGCAACGAGCGGGCCGCGUUGUGUAAGAGCUGAAAGUAAAAGUUGAAACCGCCGAGUUCGGCUGGCGCGCGUGCGGAGUGCCGAGCGCUAAAAUCCGAUCUCGUGGAUCUCUCUCUCUCUCUCUCUCUCUCUCUCUCUUUCUCUCUCUCUCUCUCUCUCACUCUCUUUCUCUCUCUCUUUCUCCUUCUUUCUUUUUCUUUCUCUCUUCCCGAAACGUAUCCUUCAUCAUCGAGAAGAUCUUCGCUAUCUCUCUUUUUCUUUCUCUCUCACCCUCUCUCUUCUCCUCUCAAUCUCACCUAUUCUAUCUCUCCUUUUCUAUCUGUCUUCCUUGCAUUUAUCUUCCUUUCUUUUUCUCUACCUCUACAUCUCUUUCUUACUUAUUUGCACUUUCGGAUCGUCGAUCGAGGUAGAGGGCGGGCGGGUGCGCGCGCGCGCGCGCCUUAGCUCAGAAGAUCUUCCGCGUUGUCUCAGGCCUGUUUAUAAAUAUCAAAGAAGUUGCUAAGAGAAUAUAUAUAUAUAUAUAUAUAUAUAUAUAUAUAUAUAUAUAUAUAAAAGAAGAUAAAGAUAAGAAGAGAAAGAAGAAAGAAAGGCAGUCAUCGUUUUCCUUGUCAACAUUGUCAUCGUCGUCAUCGUCGUCGUCGUCGUAGUCGUCGUCGUCGUCGUCGUCGUCGUUCUCCUCAGUAGCGUUGCGUAACGAUGCUUCUGGCUCGUUGAGUCGUGAAACGCGGCUGGCGAUCCGGUUAUUAACGACGUUGCGAGCUCGCUCGCGAAACGGAGCGACGAGAUCGAGAGAGAAAGAAAAAGACAGAGAGAGAGAGAGAGAGAGAGAGAGAGAAAGAAAGAGAGAGAGAGAGAGAGAGAGAGAUCGCGCACGUGAGAGAAAGAGAGAGAGAAAGAGAGAAAGAGAGAAAAAGAAAGAGAAAGAGAGAGAGAGAGAGAGAGAGAGAGAGAGAAGGAGAGAGAAAGAGGGAACGAAGAAGGAAAGGAAAAGCAAUGGAAAUGCUAGGACCGCUUCGCCGGCUCGAUGCCGCUAGCCUUUCGAAAUGUGAACGUUCAAGGUCAACGAUAUAUCUUCGGUAACGCUCCUCCUCGUCAUCGUUGUCAUCCUCGUCUUCGUCGAGAAGAUCGUUCCUCGAAGGAGAGUUCUUUCUACUCUUCAUCUUCCUCCUCCUCUUCCUCCUCCUUCACCUCCUCCUCCACCUCCUCCACCUUCUACGGUGCUCAGGCAUUGCUUUUACUCGCCGUCUUGUGUACGGGCGGCGCACGAGUAGUCGGCCCGCAGAAGCGUUUCGUAAAAGGGAUUACAAAACCAGAAGAGAAAGGAGAAGCGAAGAGAAAGAGAGAGAGAGAAAGGGAGAAAGAGAGAGAGAGAGAGAGAGAGAAAGAAAAAGAAAGAGAGAGAGAGAGAGAGAGAGAGAGAGAAAGAGAGAGAACACGUAAAAGAGAGCCGGCGUAGAAGAGACAUUUGGCAUUUCCGGAGAGGCAAGUUCUCCGGAAGAGACGACAGGCGCGAGACAUUGAUUCGAAAGGAAGGAAAAGGAAAAAAGAAAAAUAAAAGGGAGGGAGAAAGAGAACGAGAAAGCGUGAGAGAGAAAAAAAGAGCAGAUAGAAAGAAAUAGCAAGGAAUAGACUACUAGUAUAGUACGAAACGUAUCCGCGUGUAUAUGUAUCACUGAUAACCCAUAAUAAAAGCUCGAAGCCCAUUCGUUCAUUCGUUCGUUCAGCGCGCGCGCGCGCGCGUGCGCACGCGCACGCGGAGACACGCGGCCGCGACGCGGAAUUAAAAGUGCACUUAAAAAGGUUAGCGGGAUAAAAAAGGCGCGCGCGCGAAAGGAUAAGAGAAAGGAAUAGGAGCCACCUCCGAGUCCUUGAGAGUACACAACGGGUAAAAGUGCCGGCAGCGUAGCACCGGAGCGGCAGCCGGUUGACCCUGGACGCUCGAGUCCGCCGUGCUAGUCCCCGUUCAAAAAAAGGAAAAAGCUUCUCCUCCUCAACGAAGACGUUUGCGACGAAUCCUCGAGCCGAUCGAGCUAACCCGAUCGUUUAAGCGUCCCCGUACGAUCGAUCUUACUCGUGAGCACCCGGAAGAGCCCACGCUCUCGUGUGUUGCGCGCGCUCCACUAAGAGCUACGAAGCACGUGCUCGCGACCAUGAAGAACGGAGGACCGAGAGGAACAGCUGACCGAAGAUAACGACCUCCAUCCUCGUUCCCCUACAUCUUCGUCUUCGUCUUCGUCUUCUUUUUCUUCAUCUUCUACCGUUGCUGAUGCCGUUGCUGAUACUUUCUCAUUCUAUCUUCGAAUAAGCCGAGGAACCAUAGGGAUAAAUGUGCCCAGUGAGAAACGUCCGAUUUCUAUCGAGUGUACAAAAGUGACGCGUGUGCCGAUUCAAUUCCACGUAAACCGAGUUAUUAUUCAAGUGGUCUCUGUGCGCCCAUCAGUAUACACCGGUGUGUUUCAAUGUUUCACAUCACGUGCCAGCGAGAUCGCCGUCACCGUUGUCGUCGUCGUCGUUAUUACGAAGCACCGAGGAUGCCUCGAGACUCCUCGAGAGAAUCCUGAGGGACGUGCAUUUUCGAUUCAACCGACGUUAACUCGGAUAUUUAGCAUCAUUGGUAGCGAUCGAUCUUUGGAUCGAUCGAUCCCCGGCAGCAUCGUGGAGGAAUUAAAUUGUGAGACGAUGUAUACUGACGGUCUCCUAACGCUCCAUUAUGGAAAGCACCCAGCGACCUUGGCCGCAGAGGUCGGGGCCUGGUAUAAUGGAGACCGUCAUGUAGAUGUGACACUGGCAUGCGACGAUGGUUCCGUCGUCAGGGCCCAUCGUGUCGUUUUGGCAGCAGCUAGUCCCCUUUUGGCUAAUCUUUUACGAAAUCCCGCCCUGGACCACGUGGUCCAUUUCUCUGGAGUCAGAAAGGCCCAGCUCAAUCAUCUUCUCGAGUUUAUCUACAACGGAGAGGCUCUUAUACCCUCGACAGAGCUUAUACCAUUGAGAGAACUCUUCGAACUACUUCAAAUCAACUCGGAACUUUUCGAGCCUAACCUAGCACAGACAUCUAGUAAUUCUGAUCCUGAAAGGAUACCUACUCCUCAACCCUCCGAGGAUCAAGAAAGUUCUAGUUACGAAUCCAAAUAUGACAGCAGACAAACGAGUAAUCCUGCUGAUUGUUGUUCGGUACUCAUUAAAACCGAGGAUUGCGAAGAGGAACCAGAAGUAGACGUGGAAGGUGUCGAAGGUGAAGGUUUGCUCGCGGAAACAAGAGAAGCCAGCAUAGAACCGCCAAGAAGGAGGGAUAGUUCGGAUCCUGUGAACCUCAGUUUAAAUUCCGGAACGUCCACGAUGAGUGAAAGUUCUCACGAUAUAGUACAUAGAUCAGAAAAGCAAUUACUCGAGAGGCGAGAGUCCUUGGACGAAGCCGAAGAGAGGACAAGACAAAUGGCGGCGCGAUUGGCGUUAGGCUUGGAGCAUGGCAAACGAAAACCCGAAGAAUUACCGAUCCCACCGGCUGAGGCGUACGUCGUGACACCUCAUCGAAAACGUAGGCCAGGUUUUCACAACGCACCAGCACAGAAUCCAGCUUUCGUACCGUUUAAUCCGAGCUUCGAGACACCUAGGAGGUUACAAGCGCCGCAUCCAUUGAGUCUAUCCGCGCCACCAUAUCUACAGGACCGAUCAAUAACGCCACCAGGAGCAUCGCAUCGACCACCAAGCGCCGAUCCAGCAUCGGCAGCUGGUUUAGAACCACCUUGGGGUGCUUGGACUUUACCACCAGCUCGAGCACCUCCGCCACCUCCAACGGAGGAUCCACCAAAGUCGACACCUGUCCGAGAAUACCGAUGUACCUAUUGUGGCAAACAAUUCGGCAUGUCCUGGAACCUAAAGACUCAUCUUCGAGUACACACCGGCGAGAAACCGUUUGCCUGUCGACUCUGUGUCGCCAUGUUCAAACAGAAAGCUCAUCUGCUAAAACAUCUCUGUUCCGUUCACAGAGGUGUUAUAGCUGCACCGGACAAUACGUUUACAUGUUGCUUCUGUUCCCUCAAUUUCGAAAGUUUGCAAGAACUAAUAAGGCAUCUGUCAGGACCGCAUAAUAAUUUACUGCUUAGUAAAAAUCUACACGAUUAACGACAAUAAAAGGCUAUCCGGUGCUAAGAAAGUGAACGAUCUCGGAUAUACCGAUCGAACUCCGUUUCUUUCGUUGAUAUUUUUUCUCGAUUUUAAUUGAGUCGAACGUCGCUUUCAUUUUCUCAUUUUAUCCAGAUCAAAUAUCGUGAUACAUCAUCGAUGUAUCGUCAAGGAUAUCGAAGUAAUGUAUAAGUAAGUCUUUUUUUCAUUAGACGAUUACAAUUUUUUACUUUGAUAUCGGGGGGGGGGGAGGUGGGGAGUGUGGGUGUGGAGAAAGAGGGAUCUCUUUGAUCUGGAUUCUUUUAGAUUCGAUCGAAUCUUCGAUUAACGCGUGAUUACCAAUAACUCAUUAGUAUCUUUCAGCGUGUCAAGUUGUGAUCUCUGAUAUCUAAUUGAAAGUUAAGUAGACGCGAUUAAUCAACCAAGUGUGCCGUCCCUUCGCGAAUCAAACGUUCCUUCGCGAUAAUAAAUUAAAUAUUUUUUCGACACUUUUAUAGGCCGAUUCUCGCGAAGACACGGCACGAAGCACUGGAAGAGCCUUUUUGUGUGACGAAUAAAAGAAAAGAAAAGAAAAAAAGAAAAGAGAGAGAAAAAGAAAAGUAAAGAAAAAAGAAAAAGAAGAAGAAAAAUAAAAUAAAAUAAAAUAAUAAUAA